AGGAGUGGCACCACGGGUAUUAACACGGCUGUCUUCAACGCCCCUGGCAAUACACAAUGCACUGUUGUCCUUGAUAUUCUCCCGCCACCUCCACACUUGUUCAUUACAGGAAAAAGGUUUACACAGGAAAGGGGAUCCACAAAUUGUUUAGGGUGUGGGAGGCUUUGCGCGUGUCGUUGGUUGUAUCUGUCGGCUGGGUUUUUGUCGACGCUGGCACACACUGUUAGACCGCGAGUACUCCUUGUAGCAUUCCGCAGAAGAGACGCGUUGACACACGGUAGAUCACUCCUUACGCACGGGUGAGGGUUCUGAAGUCAAUGUCCAGAAGGCAGGCAGGAAUUCGGGAUGGCGGCGACUGUUCAUGUGAUCGUGGCUACCACGGUGAUGCUGCUUGUCUCCUCGGCUCGUGCAAACAAUGAUGAGAUUGUUAGUUGCACCCAAAACCAAGUGUUGCAAACUUCAGUCACUAAACCUGGAGCUGUGCUAAAACUGCAGUGCCCUAGUUCUUAUACAAUAUCUCCCACUUGUACGCCGAAGGUGGGAAAUGUCUUUAGUGACGAUUCUUGCUCGAAUAUGACGACCCUUUCCGAUCUGUGCCCCGGCGCAUCGGGAACCCAGGCGAGUGCCACUGACAAUCCGGUAGUACUGACGUUUCCGCAGUUGCCAAAAAAUGAAACGACCUUCUACUUUAAAUGCACCCAAAGUUCUAAUUGGUGCAAGUUCGCUGUGACGGUGAGCGCAGCACCUCCGGGAGGUCCCCAAGUAUGUGCAGUGAAGAACACCAGUGUUGCGUUGGCGCUCAAGGGAGAGGGAGGCACCACACAAUUUGCUUGUGGAGCUGGGCUUGAAUUGAAUCCGGCGAAUGCGAAGAAAGUUUACGAUGGAAACUGCACUGAAGAGGAAGAUCUGAAAGACAUGACGCUUACUGGCAGCAGUGACAGCUAUUACAUGUUGAAAGCCGACAAAGCACCGAAGGACCAAACAAUUUGCUAUGUGUGUGGGGCUGCAGGUAGCAAGGGGAUGGGGGCGGAAACCUGCGCAGUGUUGAUCAGCGUUAGCGCAGGCUCAGGCCUCGCUGCCUUGUCUGUUUUUGGCCUUGCCUUACCUUGUGUUCUGGCUUUGCUUCAUUUCACUUGACCACCCGCCCAAGCACCGGUCACUCGUAUAUGUGACUGGACAACCAUUACUAUCAGGGCUUACAUGUUCACAGACGAAGAAUGCGUUGUGCGUCUGCCCUAUAAACGUGUAUUUGUGCGUCAAAGUAAAUACGGGCUUGAAUCCCUCCCUUGAGUUUGUGUGUUGAUGUACAAUGGUACAAUAUGUGAACACGUCUUCGCGCGUGUGUUUCCCAGCUCCCGACACGUUGUGUGCUGUACGGACACAUUCGUAAGCUCCUAACGCUAUCAGAAAUGGAAUCUGACGAAACGUUGACUAAUAUGUUGUGAGCUAUGGUCACCGAUUGGCUUGCUGGCUGUGGGUCCGCAACUGUUCCAUACGAACAAGUUCACCGUCGUAACAGGCUUUCAUGAUUCUGCGGCGCCAAGCACACAAAAACAGCGUUGUAUCAUCACCAUAUUCUGAGAAUGUUGGAGCGCCUUGUAUCCAGGAGGCCGCUCUAAUUAAACAGAGGAACCCUUGA